UGCUCGUUGCUCUCGUGUUACGCAUCUUAAGCAGUUUCUCUGUGUUUGUGUUUUGCAGAGAGAAAAAAAUCUUGCUCCGUGCAACGCUGUUUAACAAUGGUUCGCAAGGAAUUCUCAGGAAGCUCUAUUUGCCUCCUCCUCCUUAUUUUCUUUAUCUCCUCUUCCUCAGGAGAUGGCGAUGAACGCAAACUGGCUGGCUCAUGUAUGUGCGGUAACAAUGACAUAUACAUUGUACAGGGUCAAGAGUAUAAUCCAGGAAUUCCCACAUUCACAGUGACAAUAAUCAACACAUGCUUAUCUCAAUGCAAGCCUCGAAACAUUCAUCUGUAUUGUGGGUGGUUUGCAUCGUGGGAUUGGGUGGAUCCAAAGGAUUUCAGACGCAUUUCUUAUGAUGACUGCCUUGUCAAUUAUGGAAGACCCAUGGCGCCAUUUGAUUCCAUCUAUUUUACAUACACAAAUACUUAUAUGUACCCUUUGAGUGUUAAAUCUGUUGAGUUUGUUUAGGCUCAUUCCCUCCAUGUUAAUGCCCCUGUGGCUGGCACUGCAGAUUUUGCUUGUCUUAUUGGUUUAGAAAUAAAAGAUAUACUUGUUAGAUUACUUAUAGUUGGACAUUACUCCAUUUUACUGAGUUAUUGUUCACAGACAAGUUUUUCUUGAAAAUAAAAAAUGUGUUCUUGGUGUACA